UUCACCUUCCUCCAACACCCAAGAACUAGGGUUUGGGGAGCCCGUAUACCCCCGGUCAGCCGCCAUUCCGCCGCCGGUGCCCACGGAGCCCGCGCCAGUCCGCCGCCGCCGGUGCCCGCGACAGUCUGCUGCCGGUCGCCGUCCUCCCGCCCCCCCCCCUCGCGACAGUCCUCCGCCCCCGUCGUCCUUCGCCGCCGCUCGGGCUUCGCGUCGGUCGCCGUCCUCCGUCCCCGUCGUCCUCCGCCGAGCUCGUGGUCGCCGUCCUCCUCCUCCGCCGAGAUCCUCCGCCGCGGUCGCCUCCUCCCGUUGGGCGGCCUCUGUCUCUCCCACCGGCCACCUCCACCUCCCUUCUUCUUCCUCUACUCUGAUCAGCUAGACGUCGGCGAUGGUGACCUUGGUGCUGCUCCGGGAGUAAAAGUGGCCGCAAUGCCGCUCUUUCGCAUGGCGGCGGAACUCCGCCGCCUGCUCUCCACCGCAGCAGCAUUGCCGCCAACCGCGAAGCUAUGGAACCUUCCCUACCGGCUCCGCCGCGCCGCAGUCCCUGCCGCGCGCGCCGCUGUUUCUGAGUACCUCCACUCCACGCGCUGCCUUCCCUCCUCCCACGCCGACUCAAUCGCCGCGCGCUCCCCGCGUUCCCUUUACGCCUUCCUCGCAGGCCUCCCCGUGGUGCCCAGCACCGUCCGCACCUCAUCCCUCCCCUCCCUCCUCCGUCGCCACCUUGCCUUCCACCCGCUCAACGAGCUUCCCUUCUUCCUCGAGUCCAUCGGCCUGCCCCCGUCGACGCGCUCUGACCUCAUGUUCCUCGCUGACCACCCAUCUCUCCUCCCUGCUGUUGCCGCUCUCACGCAUUUUGGCUUCCCCUGGUCCCGCCUUGGCCUCCUCUUCCCCUCCAUCCUCAUCCAGGUGCCGCCCGACCUCAUCACCUCCCGCCUCGCUUCCCUCGUGACCUGCUUCCGGCCACUCCCCCGUGCCGCCAUCAUUGCCGCCUGUCUCGCCUUCCCCUCGCUUCUCGAGAAUGAUCUCUCCAAAGUUGACCGUCUCGUCAAGGAUCUUGGCAAGGUAUUUGGAGUGUUGUGGCCUGAUUUGGGGCCCACGAAUGACAUUGAUGCUUUCUUGGGGGUUUGCCGUAGGAUACGGAUUUUCUACCAUGCCGGUGCAGAGUUCGGGAGCAUUGGGGAGCUCGUAGGAAGCAACAACCAGAGGGUGUUUCUUGAGCUUGAGGAGGAGAGGAUUCGUAAGAGGUUGAUGUUUUUCAAGGGGCUGGGGUUGGCAAAGGAACGUUUGGGGAGAUUCUUGCUGACCAAUCCCAAGGUUUUUAAUAUUGAAUUCUGUGAUGUUGUCAUUUCUGUGCCGGAAUACCUGAUUAGAGUUGGGUUGGCGGUGGAUGAGGUUAAUGCAGCGGUGGAGAAGAACCCAUAUGUUGUUGGGAAGAACCUGCUGCAGAACCUCCCUGGUGUGCUGCGGGCAAUGGAACUGGAUCAUCAGUUCCUACAGAAGAUUUCUGAUGGUGGGGAGAGUGUGCGGUAUUUAUUUCCAGAUUUUGUGUUGGAGGAUGCUAGUUAUGAUAUUGAGGUCGAGCGGGCAUUCUUGGAUGGGAUGGUUAAGGUUAAGGCUGAUAAAAGAGCACAACAUAUUGACAUCAAGCUGGAAUUCUUGAAGAGUAUUGGGUAUGGUGAGAAUGAGAUAGCCCCAAAGAUAAUAGCUGUACUGCACAGCAAUAAGGAGACUCUCCAAGAGAGAUUUGACUUUCUGCUGGAGAAAGGGUUGGAGUACAAGAUGCUAUGUCAGAUUGUGAGUGUAUUCCCAAAGGUGCUCAACCAGGGCAAGAAGAUGCUUAAUGACAAGUUGAACUAUAUGACUAAGGAGCUAGGAUACCCAGUGGAGUACCUUGAGUUAUUUCCAGCAUUCCUGUGCUUUGACUUGGAGAACCGGGUAAAGCCUAGGUAUACCAUGCUUCGGUGGCUCCGAGAGAAUGGUCUUCUUAGAAGAACAUUAGCUCCUGCAACUGUGCUUGCUAACUCAGAGAAGAGAUUCAUUUCCAACCUGUACAAUGUGCAUCCUGCAGCUCCAAAGCUGUGGCUUGAGUGCUUUUAUUCAACAAAGCACAUGGAGCAUUAUCUCAGGAACAUAUAUCACCUGCAUGCUAAUUAACAAAUAAUUGAAUGGAUUUAAUUAUAUUUAUCCUGUGAGGUUGAUGAUUGUUACCUGCAAGUCUUUUGUGGCAUCUCUCUUCCUAUUGAAGGUAUUUCUUAGUUGCUACAAUUUUCAUAAUGCAAAAUUCUUCGUUCCUGCAUACUUUAACAAUAGGAUGCAGGAUGUAGGAUGGAGUAAAAUAUAGCAAUGGAAAAAGAAUGUAACUUAACUCAUGUCGAACUAAGUUGUACAUUGUACCUGUAUAAUUUAUAGGCUGUAACUGAUCUUGCCUUUGUCUAUUCAUACGACUGAAUGGCUCUGAUUACAUUA